AGGUGGCUGAACAAAAUCUUAAGUAGCCAUAUUUUCAAUUCAUUAGGAAUAAAUUUAAUCUGUCAGUAAUUAGGGUUUUAAAAUUAGGGUUGAGAGGCCUAGAUGGGGAGGAACGCAUGGUAUAACCUGCCAGAGGAGGUAGUGGAGAUGGUAUUUGCAUAUCUGCCCAUUUCCGAAGUGUUCAAAUUGCGAUUGGUUUGUAAACAGUGGAAAUCCAUUUUAACCUCUAAAAGCUUUAUGGAACUAUGGACAAAUUUAUCCCCACCAAACCCCUGGUUUCUGGUAUACCACUCGUCGGACGUACUUUCGGCAUAUGAUCCCUGUUAUAGUACGUGGACUAACAUGCCUGUUUACGAGCGGUGUGUGCUGGAUUCGCGGCAGGUCCUAUUGAUGGCCUCCGCAGGGGGCUUACUCUGUUUUAGGAAUCGAAAUGCAGAAUACCCAACCCUAAUUGUCUGCAACCCCCUUACAAAAACCCACAAGGUAUUGCCAGAAAUGCUCCAUAUUCGUUAUAUUGAUAUCGUGGGCAUGGUGGCUGACAAAACCACUAAUUCCUACAAAAUCCUUGUAACUGGGACCUCCGAGUCAUCCACUGAUGAGAGUAUAACGGAAGUUUAUGAUUCCAGGCUUGGAAGAUGGAUUUAUCAUUGCAAUUCCAAGCAAGAGUUUCUGCAGUUCUGGUACGAGGUCCAUGCCAUUUGGCUCGAAGGGUUCUUCUACUGUCUUGCAAUGCCAGUGACUGCGGCGCAGGGGUACCGCCUGCUGAGAUAUAAUAUGGAAGCGAGGAAGUGGGAUGAUCUUGAUGUGAAGAUGCCAUCCCAUGAUAUACGGUGCCCAUCCUUGCUCAUCUGCAGGGGGCGGUUACUCCUUGCUGCGAAGAUUGUGGAGGAUUAUUCCAUCAGGAGCAUCUGUAUCUGGGAGCUUAAGAUGGAUUGCCUGCAAUGGGUUAGGAUAGAUGUGAUGCCCGGAGAGGUCCUGAGCAAAAUUCAUUUACCAUACUUCCUUAUUCUCCAAUGCCAAGGUAAUAACAAUCUUAUUUGCUUUAGCACUCACCGGGGGUGGCAGUCAUUGUUAUAUGACUUGUCAGACCGCAGUUGGCGGUGGCUGCCGGAGAACAGGGCUGAUGCCCGAUUUCGAGCGAUUGGACGAAACAACCUUGUUGGAAUGCCUUAUGAACCUAGCCUGGCUGCAACAGUUUAGAUUAUCUUCUUUAAAUAUCUGGAACUUUAAUGGUCACACACUUACCUCUUCGAAAAGGGCAAAAGGUUUGCAAAUGUCUUCAACUUGUCACUUUAAAUCCUGCCAACUUCCCAUAACUGCAUUUCCUAACCCCCUCUUUUUUUGUUCAAGAAAAGGACAGGUUUGAGAUCCUGGAUUCAAUCUUGUGUAAACUGUUCCUGUUUUGUACUCACCAUUCUAAUUUGUAUUAUGUAUCAGCUGAGUUUAUUGUUAAUUGAUCUCAUUUGAAGAGAAGGGUGCUACUUUGGAUCCGCUGAAUCAAAGGAUACAAGGGAUUUGGCGAAGUCUUUAUAAUAGGUUGAACUGUAUUGAAGAUUGUUUUCUUUAUUCAUGACACUAUAAUGCAGCAGAAGAGCAAGCACAUUACUUUUGGAGUCGAAAGUUGUACAGUAGAAGAAGGCCGCAUGAUUUAUCUCAACUUUAGGUUCAGAUUAUGUUGCUUUUGUGCAUUCUCUUUGUUCUAUUGGGGAGGCAUUUUAUCUAAAGAUCAAGAAGUAUGCAGUAAUGGUAGUUAUUGUUUCU